ACACACUGAAUGAAUCUCAAGAGAUCCAGUUUGAGGUCAAGAUUCCCAAGAAUGCCUUCAUCAGCAAAUUCAGAAUGGUUAUAGAAGGAAAAACAUAUGAUGGAGUUGUGAAGGAAAAAGAGGAAGCUCAGCAGCAAUACAGUCAAGCAGUAUCUCGAGGACAAAGUGCUGGACUGGUCAAAUCUGUUGGAAGGACUUUAGAGGACUUUAAAACCUCAGUGACAGUGGCUGCUUUUAGUAAAGUGACGUUUGAGUUGACCUACGAGGAACUGUUAAAGCGUCGCCUCGGCAAAUAUGAGCUACUCAUCAAUGCCCAACUGGUGCAGCCUGUGGCUGACUUCAAGAUGGAUGUGCACAUCCAAGAGAAACCAGGAAUUUCCUUCUUGGAGGUGAAAGGAGAUUUGAGCACCGGUGAUCUGGCAAAUGCCAUCAAAACCACCAGAGCAGACAAAGAUGCAUGGGUGUCCUUCUACCCCACUCAAGAUCAACAGACCAAGUGUAAAAGCUGUGGAGAAAAUGGGUUGAAUGGUGACCUGCUUGUAACAUAUGAUGUCAACAGACAAAAUCCUAAUGGAGAAAUCAUGGUAUCAAAUGGCUAUUUCGUCCACUACUUUGCCCCCUCUGAUGUUCCACAUAUUUCCAAAAAUGUGGUGUUUAUCAUUGACCGGAGUGGUUCUAUGAGCGGCAGAAAAAUAGAACAGACUCGAUUGGCACUGCUAAGGAUUUUGAGUGAUCUUGAUGAGGAUGACCACUUUGGAUUGAUCACCUUUGACAGUGAAGUUAACUUAUGGAAGCGUGAGCUCCUCAAAGCUACUGAGGCAAAUCUGAAGAAUGCGAAAUCUUUCGUGAAUGAGAUCACAGAUAGAGGAGCCACGGACAUAAACGCUGCAGUUCUAGCUGGAGUGGACAUGAUCAAUCGACAUCCACGAGAGGGAGCAGCCUCCAUCCUGAUCCUGCUGACUGACGGAGAUCCCACUUCAGGUCUGACCAACAUAGAGAAGAUAAUGGCCAAUGUGAAAAAGGCCAUUGGGACAAAGUUUCCCCUCUAUUGCCUUGGUUUUGGAUAUGAUGUUAACUUUGACUUCCUGACAAAGAUGUCACUGGAAAAUGUUGGAGUUGCUCGCAGGAUUUAUGAAGAUUCAGACGCUGAUCUACAGCUGCAGAGCUUCUAUGAAGAAGUUGCCGUCCCUCUCCUCACUGAUAUUCAACUUAAAUAUCCAGGAGGGACAAACCUUACCAAGACCAGCUUUAGCUUGUACUUCAAUGGCUCUGAGAUUGUGGUGUCAGGACAAAUCACAGACAACAGUGUGGAGAGUUUCACCACUGAAGUCAUCGCAGUAUCAAAAGGCAGUAAUGUGACAUAUCAGGACACUACAAUGACAAAAGACCCCAGUGAUGUCCCACCUGAGAAUGAAGAUUUCAUGCAGAGAUUGUGGGCCUACCUUACAGUGAAGCAGCUUCUGGAGAGACAGGUGCUUCUUAAAGGACAGGAGAAAGAGGAUGAAAAAAAAGAAGCUCUCAAACUCUCCAUGAAAUACCAGUUUGUCACUCCCCUCACCUCUAUGGUUGUCACUAAGCCUCAGGAAGGUGACGUGGAAGUAGCCAACAAACCCAAAGAGGGAGAAAGGGGAGAAAGGGGAGAAAGGGGAGAUGUUUAUUUGGAUUAUUUUGACUCGGCAUUACAAGGGCACAACAGUGCAGGGGAUUAUGAGAUGCUUCAUCACAUGCUGCCUACAUUUGGCUCCCCAACUAUGCAUACAACUACUCCCCCUGCUGUGCAAGUCCAUAGCAAUCGUUUCCUGCUGCCUGUUGUUGGUCAGUCGAAGCCACUUUGUUUUGAUGUUCCUGUUCCUCACAAACUCAGACUCCUGCAGGAUUCAGCUUCAGAGUUCUCUAUGAACGGAGAGUCUUUGAGUGAACAAAAUGGAUUCCAUCAAAUUGCUAUUCAUUACAAAACUAACUAUCACUUGAUAAUAAGCACAAAGUCUAUCAGUUACCGUAAUGGCCAGGACAAUGUUGAGAUUUUGUGGGGCCAGGAACUGAGCCAACACAAUACAGAUGGUGUGUCUCUGGUUGUCCUGGAAAAUGAAAUGAAUGUUACCAUGGGAAAUAUUGGUGUUGUUAUUAUUUCUCAUAAGAAAGAUGGGGUCAUGUUUUUGUGGCCUGCCAUUUGGAAAUAUCCAAAAGAUGUCAACCUGACAGGUGUUUUAGGAAAGCCUGAUAUUUCAUAUGUGAAGACUAAAGGAUCACAAACACCAACUCUUAAGAUGAAGGACAAGGAGGUGAAGACAUCUUUGGAGACUGUCAGCGAUUACAGAUUACAUUCAACUCCUAUUCAAGAAUGCUGGCUUGUCCCAUUCCAGGCUGUGAUGGAGGCAGAGAUUUCUGAUUUCACUGUCACUCAGCUGUAGAGUUGACAAACAGUGUUUCCUUUUGAUUUUGAUGGUUCAUGUUAAGUAAAUGCUUCAAUGGUUUAAUCCUACCUGGCCUAGGAAGCCUUACUUAUAAUUGUUUUAAGUAUAUUGUUUGCUUGAUACGCUGAUUUUUGUUUGUUUGUUGUAAAUCCACUUCAGCUGCCUUUCCACGGAUUAAUCCAGAUUGACUCUUAAUAAAUACAAAUUCUCAUGUC